CGCUCAUACCUCACACAUACACGCUGCCAAUCUUCGAUACCCCGCGUCGUUUCUACUUCAAAUUGCUCAGAUGAUACCCUAAACUGCAUAUGCCAGAUUUACACCUCUUAAUUCUUCUUCCACAUACCACACAACAUGGGCGCACCACGACGAGCAGGCCAACCCUUCCGUCGGGUUGGCAAAGGCGGGCAGUCGAACUAUGGGCACAACAAACGCAAGACCGUGGACGCUGGGUCGCUCCGAAGCACCGAACAAACAUCACAAGACGAGAAGAUUGAAGCCACACGCUUGGCAAACCGCAUCGAUGAGUCCAUGGGCUUCCCUCGUUUCGAGUCCGGCAAGAAGAAGAUCGGGUGGCUUGUCAACAUGCACUCGACAACAAUAGAGGACGAGCACGUACCGGGCGGGAGAUCGGGCGUGAACUAUUACUUCAUCGGCGAGGACGGCGACACAUUCAAGGCGACGCUGGAGUACGAUCCGUACUUCUUGCUCGCAGUAAAGAAGGGGAAAGAGCAGGAGGUCGAGGAGUGGUGUCGAAGAGCCUUCGAAGGGCUUGUCAAGCAAUUCAAGAGGGUGGACAAAGAGGAUCUGUCCAUGCCGAACCAUCUCACUGGAUACAGGAGAACACUGCUGCAGCUCAGCUUCGCCAACGUGAACGACCUCCUAGCAGUUCGAAGGGCAGUCGCGCCGAUAGUGGAGAAGAACCAGAAGAACGUCAAUGCCAUGGAUACAUACGCCGAGGUCGCGACGGGCAAUGUGGAUAUGGACUUUUAUGACAACGACGAUUACGAAUAUGAGAAACGAUUUACGGCUGUUGUUGAAUCUAGCGAUUACAUCCUUGACAUCCGCGAAUACGAUGUCCCCUACCACGUCCGAGUCGCCAUCGAUAAAGACGUCAGAAUUGGAAACUGGUAUACAGUGGAGGCGAAGCAUGGCGUUAUCAGCAUCACGUGCAUAGUGGAUCGUCUUACACCUGCCGAUCCCGUCGUUAUGGCCUACGAUAUCGAAACCACAAAGCUGCCACUGAAGUUCCCUGACGCUGUCAUCGAUCAAAUCAUGAUGGUUUCAUACAUGAUCGACGGGCAGGGAUUUCUCAUCACAAAUCGUGAGAUAGUGUCGGAGGAUAUCCAGGAUUUCGAGUACACACCAAAACCCGAAUACCAGGGACCGUUCAUGAUCUUCAAUGAGCCGGAUGAGAAAGGUCUGAUUGAACGAUUCUUUGAGCACAUCAAAGAAGCCAGGCCGACAGUCAUGGUCACAUACAACGGAGAUUUUUUCGAUUGGCCAUUCGUGGAGGCAAGAGCCAGUGUGCUGGGUAUCGACAUGUAUCAAGAGAUUGGCUUCCGGAAAAACAGCGAAGACAUCUACCAGUCUGAUUACUGCGCACACAUGGACGCCUUCGCCUGGGUCAGUCGAGACAGUUACCUACCUCAAGGUAGUCGUGGCCUGAAGGCUGUGACUAUGGCUAAGCUAGGCUACGAUCCUGACGAGCUGGACCCUGAACUGAUGACACCUUACGCCUCUGAACGACCACAGACACUCGCCGAGUACUCGGUUUCCGACGCUGUUGCAACAUACUAUCUGUACAUGAAAUAUGUGCACCCCUUCAUCUUCGCUUUGUGUAAGAUCAUCCCGCUGGGUCCGGAUGAUACGCUUCGAAAGGGUACUGGUACCCUCUGCGAGAUGUUGUUAAUGGUGGAAGCCUACCAAAAGGGCAUCGUUCUUCCGAACAAACAUCAGGCACCUAAGGAAGCCUUCUGGGAUGGCCAUCUGUUGGAGUCUGAGACAUACGUCGGAGGUCACGUCGAGAGUAUCGAAGCUGGCGUGUUCCGCAGUGAUAUCCCCUACGACUUCGCAGUAGAUCCCACAGCUAUUGAUGAGCUGAUCCGGGAUCUCGAUGCGGCGCUGAAGUUUAGCAUCACAGUCGAGGAGAAAAAGAAACUAGAGGAUGUCACAAACUACGAGGAGAUUAAGGGUCAAAUCAUCGAAAAGCUGAUGCAGCUCAAGGAAACGCCAAAUCGAAGCGAACGACCACUCAUCUACCAUCUGGACGUCGCGUCUAUGUACCCGAACAUCAUGACAACGAACCGACUGCAACCCGAUUCGAUGAUUCAGGAGUCCAACUGUGCAGCCUGCGACUUCAACCGACCUGGAAAAACGUGUGAUCGACGCAUGCCGUGGGCCUGGAGAGGCGAGUACCUCCCAGCAAAACGCGACGAAUACAAUAUGGUGCGGAAUGCACUCGAGAACGAGCGAUUUCCCGGGAAGUAUGCGAACUCUGUGACAAGAACAUUCCAGGAACUUCCAGUAGACGAGCAAGCUACACUUGUCAGGAAGCGCUUGACGGACUACUCGAAGAAGAUCUACCACAAGAUUCACGACCAAACGACAAUAGAGCGCGAAGCAAUCAUCUGCCAGCGCGAGAAUCCCUUCUACGUUGAUACAGUCGUAGCUUUCCGUGAUCGACGCUAUGACUUCAAAGGCAAACAGAAGGUGUGGAAGGGCAAGACUGAGGAUUUGAAAAAAGCUGGUGCAUCAGCUGCGCAGAUCGAGGACGCAAAGAAGAUGGUCGUCUUGUUCGAUUCUAUGCAGUUGGCGCAUAAGGUUAUUUUGAACUCCUUCUACGGCUACGUCAUGCGUAAAGGUUCACGUUGGUACUCACUUGAGAUGGCUGGUGUUACCUGUUUGACGGGUGCGCGUAUUAUUCAGCUUGCCCGAUCUCUGGUCGAACGAGUCGGAAGACCGCUGGAACUGGAUACUGAUGGUAUCUGGGCCAUUCUGCCCGCAACGUUCCCUGAGAACUUUGCGUUCAAGAUGAGCAACGGCAAGAAAAUGACCAUCUCCUACCCCUGCACAAUGUUGAACCACCUGGUCCACGAACAGUUCACCAACCAUCAGUACGAAACACUCACAGAUCCGCAAACAUUCAAGUACGAUAAACAUAGCGACAACACCAUCUUCUUCGAAGUCGAUGGUCCCUACAGAGCUAUGAUUCUGCCCACAUCAAAGGAGGAAGACAAGAACUUGAAGAAGCGCUACGCUGUAUUCAACCACGAUGGCAGUCUUGCGGAACUAAAGGGAUUUGAGGUGAAGCGACGUGGUGAACUAAAGCUCAUCAAGAAUUUCCAAUCGCAAAUUUUCAAGUUCUUCUUGGAGGGCACUACGCUUGAAGAGACAUACGGCGCCGUUGCAAAUGUUGCCAACCGUUGGCUCGACAUCCUGGAUACACGCGGUGCAACACUAGCAGACGAAGAGCUUGUUGAUCUCAUUGUUGAAAACAAGAACAUGACCAAAACGCUAGAAGAGUACGGAGCGCAAAAGUCUACUGCUAUCACUACCGCCAAGCGCCUUGCCGAGUUCUUGGGGGAGCAGAUGGUGAAGGACAAAGGCCUGAACUGCAAGUACAUCAUCUCCUCGCGACCCCGAAACGCUCCAGUCACAGAGCGUGCUAUUCCCCUGUCCAUCUUCUCUGCCGAAGACUCUGUCAAGCGCUACUUUCUUAGAAAAUGGAUGCGCGAAGAUCCGGGUGAGAUGGACAUCAGGAGCAUUCUGGAUUGGAACUACUACCGCGAGCGUCUGGCAUCCGUCAUCCAGAAGCUCAUCACCAUUCCUGCGGCUUUACAGAAGGUCAAGAAUCCAUGUCCUAGGGUGCCUCAUCCCGACUGGCUGGCCAAAAGGAUUCGUCAGAAGGAGGACAAAUUUCAGCAAACCAAGAUGACGGACAUGUUCACCAAGAGCAAGAAAGCCUUGACAAAUGGUGAUGCUAACAUCGCCAACAACAAGCUCUCCGGAGACCUCGAGGACUUUGGUACGCCAAAGCUGCCGCAGAUGAAGCGAGGCGCCGCAACGAAAAUGGUCGCUAAGCGGAAGGAACCUGAACCAGCCGUGCCUGUCCAGACAGAUCCGUACGCUGCGUUGCCGAAGGUCAUGCCUGACAUCACCAAGGAUUACUCUGGUUGGCUCAUGUACCAGAAGCAGAAGUGGAAGAUUCAGCGACAAGCAAGAAUACGCAGGCGUCAGCUGUUCGGAGAGAAACCUGUGGAUAGUUCGGACGCCAUUGGUACGCUCUUCAGGAACCAGGCGGAGAUGUUGUUCAUCAGCACCUGGCAGCUUAUCCAGCUACGGCCAACUGAGACUCCUGGAGAGGUCAAGGCUUUUGUCUUGAUCGAUAAGAAGAUCCACACGCUGAAGAUCGUGGUGCCGCGUCAACUGUAUCUCAACCUUCGCAGCGAGGAUCUUCCCAACGUGUCGAUCAGUGGGUGUUCCGUGGAGAAGGUUGUGAACCAUACUCUUCCGAACGGACAUCCAUCUAUCCAUCUCUUCAAACUUCAGAUGUCCGAGCAAACAUACGUCCAGGAAGCUAACAUCAUCUCGGCACUCUUCAACCACCCCAGCGUCGAGGGCGUGUACGAGAAGCAAGUACCGCUCAACAUUCGCGCCAUCCUCGAGCUAGGCAGCACCUGCACAUUUGAUGAGUCGCAGAAGGGUGUUCUUGGUAGAGGUCUAGAACAGGGCUUCGAUUUAUCCGCCUUGCGGAAGAUUCCUUCAAAGAAGUCGUACCUCGCUGAUGCUUCGUUCACCUACCUUUACGUUUACCAUGUCAGUAGUGGAGAUCGUAACAUUUACGCGGUCUUCUCCACUUCGAAGAGCGAUGCACACAUCGUCAUCCAAAACAAAACGAAGGAUCCUCAAGGCAUGCCUAAUGUCGACAGGAUAUACACCGAUGCACUUCAACGCCGAAUGGAAGACGCUCAAGGCGAGCCAUGGCAAACGGCUAUCGAAUAUCAAGACGAUAUCCACUUCAAGACGACGGUCGUUACUACGAGACGAAAGGCCUUACUGGAACUCGGCGACAUGAUCAAGAAGAUGAAGACAGACGAGAGCAAGCCAGUCGUCGUUGUUAUGCAAUCACCAAACCAGGAGUUGUUGUCCCACGAUAUUCCCAUUCUCAAAGAUCUACCAAUCCUGUCGUUGCAUCCAGACGAGUCAGACAAGCAACUGCCUCCCCUUGGAUGGCAGUCAUUCAUCGCCAAGCGCCUCGUUGGCCACUAUCUCGACCUUGGCUCAUGGGCAUCUCACCUGAUGGAGCUUGCGCGCUACGGUGACAUCCCACUUUGUAACCUGGAAAGCAACGAUCCGCGCUUCCUCAUCGACAUUGCUUAUGCUCGACGUCUGCAGAAGGAUCGAGUCAUCCUUUGGUGGUCCGGUCAGGCCAAACCCGAUCAUGCUGGCUAUGAAAAAGACGAUAUCCUCGGCCCUCUCGAGACAGUCGAAAUGCCAUCCAUCAACAACCCUGGCACAUACUCUUCGGUCUGCAUCGACUUAAAUCUGCGCAACCUCGCCAUCAACACCAUCCUCUCAUCUGCGCUAGUCAACGACCUCGAAGGCGCAGACAGUGUGUCGUUCAAUCCUGCGGCGCCACUUGAUUCAGCGGAUGACGGCACCAACACCAUCUACUCUGACAACGCAUUCGCGUCUGCCGGUAUUACCGUCUUACGUGAGAUGGUGAAAGCGUGGUGGGUUGAGGCUAUGGGCGCAGGGAAUGGGUACAGCAUGGCAGACGUCAUGGUGCAACACCUCGUUCGAUGGGUCAGUUCGCCAGGUUCGUUCCUCUACGACCGCAGUCUGCACUACUAUGUGCAGAUGAUGAGCAAGAAGACGCUGCAGCAACUCAUGUCCGACUUUAAACGCGUAGGAAGCCACAUCGUGUUUGCUUCACCCAACCGGCUGCUGCUGCAGACGACCAAAGCUGAGGUCGGCAACGCAUAUGCGUACAGCCAAUAUAUCAUCAAGACCAUCAAGGCGAAACCGCUGUUCCAAUUCAUGGACUUGGAGAUCAAGGAGUAUUGGGAUUAUCUCGUGUGGUACGAUGCUUUCAACUACGGUGGUCGAGGCACGGCUACCAUCGUUGAGGAAGACAAACAGACGCUGGACGACAUCAUGUGCUGGCAGCUGACGACUUUCCUGCCUCCAACCCUGCAGCCAGUUUUUGAGCAGUGGGUCCUUGAAUUUAUUGACCUCAUGCAUGCGCGGAAACGUCCUACUCCAGGACCUGACGGCUCGACGCCACGCCUUACGCAGAUUCCUCUGCGACCUCUCACAAUCGACCCAGACGAAAAGACGCAAAUCCUGCCCAAGACCUUCACGAAGGGCCUGUACAAGCACAUCUCAACUCUCCUCCGCCGACAACACACAGAGAUUCUACACCCCGAGCUUGCAGCAGACUACACGUUCCCGUCUCUCCCAGGCUCCCACCUCAAUCUUACGAAUCCUGUGCUGCAGCUCGUCAAGAGCAUAUGCCAGGUCCUGUCCCUCGACCGAGCCAUAUCCCUCGAAGCGCGACUCCUCCGCAAGGAGCUUCUGCAUCUGUUCGAAAUCCGCGAAUUCAGCGCCGAAGCCACCUUCGCCAACCCCUCCGCGUCACUUGUCGUGAAAGGCGUCGUCUGCGACGAGUGCACCAGCAGCCGCGACCUAGACCUGUGCCGCGACGCAACCCUCCUCCCUCCCAUCGUUGACGGCGAUGCGCCCGCCGUACUGCCCAAGUGGAAGUGCGAGAACGACGUCUGUGGUGCUCCGUACAACAGGCUGCGCAUUGAAGAGCAACUGGUUGCUGAUGUGCAGAGGUGCGUGCUUGAGUGGUGCACGCAGGAUCUCAAAUGCGCCAAGUGCAAGAGGCUGAGGAGCAAUGAAUUCAUGGAGCACUGUGCUUGCGCGGGCGAGUGGGUAGGGACAAGGGAUCGUGGCGAGGUUAAGAAAAGAUUGGGUGUGUAUGCUAGAGUGUCUGGGUUCUAUGGGCUAAAGAUGGUGGAGGCGGUUGUACAGGAGUGUCUAGAAGGGCUUUAGAUGUCGUGGAAGAAGCUUGUUAUGGGGUACAUUUGGUCUUUCUUAAGCAUAGCAUGGCGUUGAGGGUGGCACAUAUCGGUAUACCAUAGUGUCUGAGUUCCGGGGAGUAUUUCUGUAGUCGCAAUUCACC